AUGGGGACUAUUAUGAAAAACCUUACGCAUUACUAUCACUAUUUAAACGAUGACUUAGCAGAUCCACGGACAAAUCAUUUCUGGCUGACAUCAACUCCGAUCCCGAUAGCAAUUAUAUUAUACGUGUAUCAUCGGUUCGUCCGCAGCUGGGGACCGAAAUUCAUGGAGAACCGACCAGCUUACAACUUGAAAAAUACAAUAAUAUUAUACAACAUCGUGCAGAUAUUACUAUCAGUAAUUUUAACUUUUGAGAGCUUGAGGUGGCUUUACAUACCGGGAUAUUAUAACAUCUGGUGUCAAAAAAUUAACUACGAGGACAAUGAAGUAGAGAGAAAAGUAAUCCAUUAUGUAUGGUUGUACUACGUCAUAAAAAUCGUUGAUUUACUUGACACGGUAUUUUUCGUACUCCGAAAGAAAUAUAAUCAAGUGUCCUUCCUACAUCUAUAUCAUCACAUAGGAAUGUGCUUCCUCGGUUACGUAGGAACGAAAUACGUGCCAGGAGGCCACGGUAUCAUGUUAGGAUUCAUAAAUUCGAUCGUCCACGCAGUUAUGUAUAGUUAUUAUUUAAUAUCACUAGUGAAAAAGGAGUGGGUGAGGAUAUGGUGGAAGAAGUACAUCACCCAGUUGCAAAUAUUACAAUUUGUUCUACUGACCCUUCACUUCGGCCACGUAAUAUUCGAUCCCUCUUGCGGGUACCCGAAGUGGGUAUCUUUUGUGUUUCUACCACACAAUAUAUUCAUACUGAUUCUCUUCACAGAUUUUUACCUCAACGAGUACAUAUACAAGAAAAAGAAAUAA